UUAGCAGGCUAGUUGGCUAGGUAACAGAGAUAUAACUCGAUCUUUAAAACGUCAAUACUUUGAAACGAGGCACGUUUUUAUAUUGGGUGUUUGUGCUUAGACAGGAAAACGAUCUUCUUUAACAGCCACGAGGUGUCUAAACCCGAGUCCUGUUCCCAUCUAACCGCAGUAAGCAACUGUUAUUUUAAUAGUCUGUUUUGUCUAAUUAGUAGAAAUCAUGUUAGCGCUAUUAUUAUUAAUAAACAAUUUACUAUUGUUUUCAUUAGCAGCAUGAAUUAUUUGCUUUGUAGCUCAUGUCUUUAAUAAUGAAUUUAUAACAAUUAUUAUAAUAUACGUCUUUAGCACUCGAUAAACGGUGAGUGAUUAGUGAUUACCUCCUAGCUGGACGAGACGAUGCCUCGAGUCCCCGCCCCGAAUGAGGACCUGAUGGUCGCCAUGGUGAAGGAGCUGAGGGCGGCGCUUGGGAUGGCUUUGUUUGGCGUGGACGUCAUUACGAACAUAGACACACACACACUCACCAUUAUAGACAUCAACAUAUUCCCCGGUUAUGAGGGUGUUCCUCAGUUCUUCUCCUCUCUCCUCAGUCACAUCGAAUAUGUGCUGGACAUGUCACAUGAUCCCAAACAUUGAACGUCUCAAACUCCCACUAAUACACGAUGACUAAGUUUAUAUGGAAAAUGUACUUUUACCGUAU